AUGAAGAUCUCCACCUAUCUUAGCGUUGCCUUGGCCGGCAGCACUAGCGCCAAGUUCAUGGAGAACGACCGCCUUGCUGCUGAAGGCAUAGCAAAGCUGAGGACUCACCUAGCUGAGAAUGGCAUUCCAAACCCUGGGACUUGUACAUUGGACAAAGCGUCGGUUCGCAGGGAGUGGGCAACACUAUCCCGCAAAGAGCGAAUUGCCUUCAACGACGCUGUCAACUGCCUCCACAAGCUCCCCGCAAAGACAUCAGCUUCUGUCGCUCCUGGUGCUAAGAGCCGCUACGAUGACCUAGUUGUCACCCACAUCCAGCAGUCGCUCAACAUCCACGGCACAGGCAACUUCCUAACGUGGCAUCGCUACUUUACCUGGGUCUUCGAACAAAUGAUCCGAAAGGAGUGUGGCUAUAAAGGCACUUUCCCCUAUUAUAACUGGGCACACUACGCUUCCGACCCAAAAAGUGGCCCCUUCUUCGACGGCAGCGCCUCGAGCAUGUCCGGCGACGGUAGUUACGUCCCCGGGCGCAACUCAUCUUGUUUCCCGUGGGAUGGCAUAGCAGGGCCCUGCUACAUGCAUCUAGCACCAGGCUCAGGUGGUGGAUGUGUGACAUCGGGUCCAUUUAAAGAUUUCAAAAUCAACAUGGGACCUUUACAAACCAUGCUCCAGCUUCCAGGCGGCGGUCUACCGAAGAACCCACAAGCCAACAGACUAGGCUACAACCCGCGGUGUCUCCGCCGCGAUAUCUCGCAGCAAGCCGCGAAUGCGACAACCGACGCCGAGGUCGUCAGACUACUCAAGAAUUACACAGAUAUCGCGACGUUUCAGAGAGAGUACCAGGGCGCGUUUGCCGACGGCCGCAUGGGCGUGCAUACCGGUGGUCGUAAAUUACAUUACACAAUGGGCGGAGAUGCAGGCUCUGAUUUCUACAACAGUCCUGCUGAUCCGGCGUUUUAUCCUCACCACGGAAUGAUCGAUCGUGUGUGGUGGACGUGGCAGAAUCUCGAUCUCAAGAACCGCGAGAGGGCUCUCGCAGGAAGUGCGGGUGGUAUAGGGGAUACGACUGCGAAAAAUGCUACGCUAGGGGAUGCAUUGACCGUGGGCGAGUAUGUGGGGUACCCGAAUAUUACGAUUGGGGAUGCGAUGAGUACGGUUGGAGGUCCGUUUUGUUAUAUUUAUGCUUGA